AUGGCGCCACCAGAGGUUGCCUUAGGAAUUCCAUGGCUGCUCUUGGAGCUGUCGGCUGUGGUGAUUGCGCUUCAUGGAGUUGCUGCCGUUUGCACUGAAUUUGUCUUUCAGACCGAAGGCUUCGUUUUCGGCUUGUUCUACACCUUCGCUCAAUGUCUAACUUUCGCUGUGCUGGCGCUGGCGAAGUGUGCAAUCAGAGGAAUCCCGACACUGCAUGUCUCAGCUCUUCGUGGUUCCGCGAUUGCUGGGUUGGCGAUGACCGUUUCCCAUGGCUGUGGAAUUCUGUCGUACAUCUACAUCAAUUACACGACAGCCAUGGUCUUCAAGAGCGCAAAAGUGCCCAGUGUCUUGCUCGGCGCGAGAUGGAUCAACAAAGCGGCUUUGACAGCCCGAGAGCUCUUUUGGGCGCUGUGCAUGAUGAGCGGGUUACUCCUGUUUGCCCUUGGAGAUGGACUGGAGUCAGCACGAUUUACAGUGCUGGGGCUUGUUUUCAUUGCCGUCAAUUUGGCGGGCAGCACGUUGACGGCGAACUUGCAGCAAAGCGUUUUGCAGCCAUCAGCGAGUGUGGCACCUUCUGUGCAUGGCCUCAUGUUGGUACAGUAUGCGACAGCCUCAGUCGUGCUCUUCUUGCAGACAUCAAUCACUGGCGAGUGUUCGGAUGCCGUGCGAUGGUACCUUCGCAACCGAUCUGCUGCAUUCUACACGUGCCUGGACAAUGUGCUCACAUACUUGGGCCUAGAAGCCGUGAUGUGCAUCACGAAGGAGUUUGAUGCCACACGAGCGAACGUUGUGUGCUCUGGGAGGAAGGCGAUCACUUUCGUGUUUUCAUAUUUCUUCUUCCCCAAGCCCUUCAGCAUGUUGCACCUGUUCGGCCUUGUCUUGACCAUCCUGGGCGGCUGGAGCUUGCAACAAGCAAAGUGGCACGAGAAAAAGACGGCGGCGGUCGAAGAUGAGCUGAGCAACGCCGCAUCAGUGGACAAGGUCCAAGAAGUCACCGAGCAAUUGGCAGAGUUUCUCGUGAAGUUUAGUUCCGAUGAGCAAUAUGCCAUCUUGACACCGUUCCUGUCCAUGCUGGACACCGGCGAUGAAUUCGUUGAGCCGCACAUUGAUGAAGCUCGGAAGUUCAUCUGUCAUUACCUCGCCGUCUUCUCGCAGUGCGAGCGAGAUUUGAUCCUGGAGAAAUGGCGACCUGCGUUUGACACUGCAUCUUUGAAUUCGGCAACAGAGUCGCUGACACCGUCGGUGACACCGCCUGGUUCUGUGACACCAACCGUUGUCACUCCUCGAGAGUUUCUCAGCGCACGGCGCGAGGUGAACGAGGUGUACCACAGCCAUUCUCCAUGUGGCGAGGCAGAGAGAUCUUGA